AUGAACCUGCGAUCUGCCGCGCUUGUUUCCAUCGUGGCUACCCUCUACGCCUGCUGCAUCGCUCAAUCCUCCGCCACCGCCACGGUGUCUGACCCGGCUAGUGCGAUUCAUUCUCCAAAUGAGGCCCUCGUGGUGGGCAAGCGAUUCCUACGCACGCCCGUAGCAGCGGUCGAUAAGGGCAAGAGCGAAGAGAGAGGGCUGGAUUGGUUUACCUCGAGUGCUGCCAAGGCGCUGAAAGCCCAAAAAAGAAAAUGGAUCAAGAGCGCGGAGAUUUACGAGGAUCUUGUCAUGCACCAGAGGACUACGUAA